CGACUGUGCAUCGCUACCAUUGUCUCCAGCGACACCGCUGUGAAGCGGAGAUCUCUCCAGCCAUGGCAGAGGCCAAGGCCUUGGCCUGGCUGAACGAUGGCAAAGCUGUGAAAGCUUGGCUGAAGGAUCCAGAGCGCCAUCUGCGGAAGCGUUUGGAGUCCGAGUCCUUGGUGAAGAUCCCUCAGCUACUCCCGCCCUUCGUGGCCGAGGGGCUGCUCCGCCGCUUACAGCGGCUGUCGGCCGACUGCUGGGACCGCGCGGGCGAGGGCGCGCGCGAGGAUGUGGGCUAUGAGGACCGUGUGCAGCACCGCUUCGGCAUCGCUGACGUCGAGGGCGAUGCACUCUUGCUGGGCGGCGCCCGCGUACUGGCACAGAUGUUACCCGGCACCUUACCCAAUUUCUCCGCCGCGUGCUAUCAAGGCCAAGACCAUAUCGCACCCCACACGGAUGAAGUGCCAGAGGAAUACUCCACCGAGGAGGUGAGCGAGCUCAAACGUGCCUAUGCUGCCGGCAGCUCCACGGUGGCUGCGGCGCGGUGGGCGGCGCACACGCCGGCCGAGGAGAGGCUCCAGGAGGCCUUGCGCUCCGGCGACCUCCAAGCCGUCCGCGCCGCCAGCGCAGGAACGGAACGGCGGCCCUGGCGGCGCUGGGUGGCCGCGGCGUAUUACUUGAACAAGGACUGGAAGGCUUCCUUUGGUGGGCGGUUCAUUGACAUGGCGGAUGGGAAGGAGCAGCGGCACCUGCCGGAGUUCAACACGUUGGUCGCCUUCGAGGUGCCCCACCUCCAUGCCGUGGAGAAGGUGAAGAAGGGCCAGAAACGCUAUUCCAUCUUCGGCUGGUGGCUGGCUGUUUCGGCCAAGCAAAAACGUUCAGCGCUGGUACCGAAGGCCACACGGUCGAUGAGGUCGAAGACGCGCCGAAGCGCCCCGCAGCACUAAAGCGCCCCGCGGCGAUGAAGCGCCCCGCGGCGGCGGCGAAGAGGCCGAAGAAGGGACGGUGACGGUGGCGGACGAA